AUGAGUGACGACCCUACUCCGGCAGUAUUAAGAAAGGCAAGAAGAAUCAUCGCCUUACCAGGUGUUUCCUCAACCCUAACUGGGUCGCUCGAUCCCCCCUCUAAUGUUGCGUGUCCUAGGUUGUUCUUUCAACCAAAAACCCAUAAGACAAACUGGCCGUUACGUCCGCUAGUAAACAAACGGUCUCAUCCAACCUAUUAUUUAGAAAAAGCGCUUGCUAAAUUCCUUCGCGCAUUAGUUCCAGAUUCUCCAUAUGUUACUCCCUCGUCUGUAAUUGCUAAAUCCACCAUCGCUUUAAGUAUUGGUACACUACGGCCAGACGCCUACACCUUUUACAAGCUGGAUGUAGUAUCUUUAUAUCCCUCAGUGCCAACCUUUGAGGCAGUAAUGCUGGCUAAUUCUCUACUUCUAAGAAAGGGCUUUAACAUCCAACAAGUGCUUGAUUUACGAGAUGCGCUCAGCUUCGUCACCGAGUGUAAUUACUUCCGUUUCAACCAGAAAAUCUAUUUACAAAAGCAAGGGGUUCCUAUGGGCUCCCCUUUAUCUGCUAUCCUGGCAGAACUUAUUAUGAGAGAGAUCGAGCACAGAACGUUCAAUUCCCCGCUUGCCAUCCACUAUCCGAGGCUGUAUUUGCGUUACGUUGACGACAUCCUCAUAGCGUGGGAAGACACAGAUGAGACGUUCCUCAUCUUUAUGCAGCAACUGUCAAGCAUAUAUCCUUCCAUCAAUUUCUCUUGGGAAAAAGAAAGCGAUGCGGCAAUAACGUUCUUAGACCUGCAUAUAAGUAAGUCUUCGGAAGGACUACAAUUCUCGGUUCAUCACAAGUCCAGCAUAGCUCCACAUAUUAUACCAGCAGAGGCUUUUCAGCCUUCUCGAUAUGUCAAUGCUGCCAUUGCCUCUCUCGUUAGAAGGGCUUACUUACUAUCAUCUUCGCAAGAGCUGGUAAACAUGGAGUUAGACAACAUAAGUUUGGGGGUACGCACUGCUGGCUUUUCACGUGCAAAAUUUACGCACGUGCUCAAUAUGGUAAAGAAAUCACUGUUUCCAAGUACCACAUUAUGCAGCAAAAGAGAAUUUUCAAUGGUACAAACAUCGUUGCCAUACCUGGGACCCCUCUCUAUACGUAUCUGCAGAAUCUUUAAGCAGCACGGCCUUAUACUACCACUAACCCCACUUCCAAACCUACGCAAACUCAUUUGUAAUGAUAGGGACAAAUUUUCCACGCUUGAGAAGUCGGGGGUCUAUGCUGUACCUCUGGAAAACCUUACAACGGGAGUAAAUGCAAGAUAUGUCGGGGCCACUACUAGAAUGCUUGCCAGCCGACUAGAAGAGCACCAAAACGAUGUUGCGAGGGGUAGACACACCACCGAGCUCGCAAGAAAAGUACUUGAGCAGGGUUACAACCCGCUAUGGUCCCAAGCGGUUAUGCUCAAGAGCUGUAAGGAUCGAAAAAUCGUAUUUAUAUGGGAGUCUCUUCUUACUACCACCUUGGACACGUGCAACAUUCCAACUCUCGAGCUGCCCAGUGUAUGGGUCACACUAUACAAGCAAUUAAGUAAAAAUUAGCAUUCUCCAGAAUGCGUACAGUGUGUGUCUAGAUCUGCGCAUGCGCGUAUUCGCACAUCAUGGAGCUUUCUGCUCGUUCGUUUUUCGAACAUUUUUGAAUAUUUCUAUCGUGUUCCUAACGACUUUUACUAAAGUUUCAUCUUAAAUUUAAGCGUUCUAUUCCAAAUCGGAUUAUUUCCGUUUAAUUCUUUCGAUAAUUCGCCUGAUGACGACGGCUAUAUGUUCGUCGAAAGUACUAGCGAAUAAAAAACGCACACAUAACGCCGACCUCAGUGCCUUCCCUUUUUUACAAUAUAAUAUUUUGGCGUGAUCGUCAGCAAAUUGAUCAUAUAUU